CGGUGAGCAUGCGCUUAAGGCAAACCUAACUGAUCGUCGACGCCAUCGCCGAAAGUCAAAGACGCCGCUACGAUUGUGUGGUUGAUUGUCGACAGGUGCCGGCUUUAUUGUUUGAUUAUCUUGCAAAAUGGCAGAAGUGAAACCAGAUCACAAAGUUGAGGAUGGAGAAAACUACUCAAUGGGCAAUAAUGUCGAUCCUAAGAAUGUUCAGGAAUUGACGCAAUAUGUACAAACUCUUCUACAAAACAUGCAAGACAAAUUUCAGACCAUGUCUGACCAGAUCAUCAAUAGAAUAGAUGAAAUGGGAAACAGAAUAGAUGACUUGGAGAAAAACAUUGCUGACUUGAUGACUCAAGCUGGAGUAGAAGGAACUGAAAAAUAGGCUGUUUUUUACUGUCUAAGAUACAUCCAUCGAACACUAAAUCACAAUAUACACAAUUUGCACCAAGUACAAUAAGUUAAUUAUGGGUAAUCUAUCUUUAGCAUAUUAUAUUUACAAUAAUAUUCAAUUGUACAAAUUUUUGUAAAUUAAUAUUUUAUUGAAGAGAAUAGAUUAAUUUUAUAUUCUUUUGCAUUAAGAGUAACUAAUACAGUGUAUUAAAGAAGAUGUUAAAUUCUUCUGAUACUUUGGUAAGAAUGGAACCAUUUUUAAAUCUAGAGGACGUCUUUUUCUUUGUAUUUUGUUCUUAUUAACAGCUACUUUUCUCUA